AUGGCCAGCGCAGAGACAGCAGAGGACGACAGGACCCCCACGGGCGCUAUGGCUCUGAACCCCGGCGUGCCCAUCAGGGGGAUACGGAUGAAGUUCGCGGUGCUGGCUGGACUGGUGGAAGUGAAAGAAGUGUCCAACCGAGACAUCGUGGAGACUGUGUUCAACCUGUUGGUAGGUGGCCAGUUCGACCUGGAGAUGAACUUCAUAAUUCAGGAGCCGGAGAGUAUUGUGUGCACGGUGGAGCUACUGGACCAGUGCGAACCCACGUGUCAGGCUGAGAUCUGGAGCAUCUUCACCGCCAUCCUCAAAAAGAGUGUCCGCAACCUGCAGGCCUGCACCCAAGUGGGGCUCAUCCAACUAGUGCUGGACCGAAUCGCCACCACCGACAGCAUGAUUGCAGACCUGUUGGUGGACAUGUUGGGAGUCCUGGCCAGCUAUAGCAUCACAGUGAAGGAAUUAAAGCUCUUCUUCAGCAAGUUACAAGGAGAAAAGGGCCAGUGGCCUCGCCACGCCGUGAAGCUCUUGUCAGUGCUUAAGUACAUGGCCCACAGAAACGGUCCAGACUCCUUCUUCAGCUUUCCUGGAAAAAAUGCUGCUGCUAUAGCGCUGCCUCCUAUUGCAAAAUGGCCAUAUCAGAAUGGUUUUACAUUCCACACCUGGCUCCGCAUGGAUCCCCUCAACAACAUUAAUGUUGAUAAAGAUAAGCCUUAUCUGUACUGCUUUCGCACUAGUAAAGGCCUAGGUUACUCUGCACAUUUUGUUGGCGGGUGUUUGAUAGUGACCUCCCUGAAAUCAAAGGGCAAAGGAUUCCAGCACUGUGUCAAGUACGACUUCAAACCACAGAAGUGGUACAUGGUGUCUCUAGUGCAUGUGUACAAUCGCUGGAAGAGCUGUGAAAUUAGCUGCUAUGUAAAUGGGGAACUUGCCUCCUUUGGGGACAUCUCCUGGUUUGUCAGUACAAAUGAUACGUUUGAUAAGUGUUUCCUCGGCUCGGCGGAGACGGCAGAUGUCAACCGUGUCUUUUGUGGACAGAUGGGGGCCGUUUACCUGUUUUCUGAAGCGCUCAGUGCAGCUCACAUCUUAGCCAUUUAUCAACUUGGUCCUGGUUAUCAGGGCACGUUCAGGCACAAAGCAGAGAGUGACUUGCUGUUUGCUGAUCACCAUAAAACCCUUCUCUACGAUGGCAGACUGUCCUCAUGCAUCGCAUUCAGCUACAACCCGCGAGCCACCGAUGCUCAGCUCUGUCUGGAAUCAUCACCCAAAGAGAACGCCUCCAUCUUUGUCCACUCGCCUCAUGCGCUGAUGUUGCAGGAUGUGAAGGCCGUGGUGACUCACUCAGUCCAGAGUGGGAUUCACUCCAUCGGGGGUGUGCAGGUCCUCUUCCCUCUGUUUGCACAGCUGGAUUAUCGUCAGCCCACCAGCAAUGAGCUGGACACCACCGUCUGCUGCACUCUGCUGUCCUUUGUCAUGGAGCUGUUGAAGAACUCUGUGGCCAUGCAGGAGCAGGUGCUGGCCUGUAAGGGCUUCCUGGUGAUCGGCUACACGCUCGAGAAGUCCUCCAAACUCCAUGUGACGCGGCCCGUCCUGGACAUCGUCUUGGCCUUUUCCCGAUACCUCAGCAACUUACCCAACGGCAUCCUGCUGCUCAAACAGCUGUGCGACCACAUUAUGUUCAACCCGGCCAUCUGGAUCCAUGCCCCCUCCAAGGUGCAGCUGACCCUGUUCACAUACCUGGCCACGGAGUUUGUCAGCACGGUGACCAUCUACAACGCCAUCCGCAGGGUGGGCACUGUGCUCCAGGUGAUGCACACGCUCAAGUACUACUACUGGGUCAUCAACCCGCAGGACCGCAGUGGGGUCGUGCCCAAGGGGACAGAUGGUCCAAGGCCGAACGAGAGGGACAUCUUUCAUUUGAGAACUUUUCUCCUGCUGUUUGUAAAGCAACUCAUUAUGAAAGAUCAUGGCGUGAAGGAAGACGAGCUCCAGAGCAUCCUGAACUACCUCCUAACCCUGCAUGAGGAUGACAACCUCAUGGACGUGCUGCAGUUGUUGGUGGCUUUAAUGUCUGAAAGUCCUGCAUCGAUGGCUCAGGCUUUUGAUCAGCGAAACGGCAUUCGGGUCAUCUAUAAACUUCUGGCUUCAAAAAGUGAGCCAAUCAGAGUGCAGACUCUAAAAGUACUGGGCUACUUUCUGAAACACUUGCCACCAAAGAGGAAAGCUGAAGUUAUGCUGAGUCACGGCCUUUUCUCGCUGCUCACCGAACGACUGAUGCUCCACUCAAAGCAGAUCUCCAUGACGACCUACAAUGUUCUUUUUGAGAUCCUCACGGAGCAGAUCUGCACUCAAGUGGUCUAUAAACAGCAUCCGGACCCCGACUCGGCCGUGAAGAUCCUCAACCCUCAGAUUCUGAAGGUAAUAGCUGCUCUGCUGAAGAACGCUGCCCCCUCCCCGGAGACCAUGGAAGUGCGCCGGGUCUUCCUGUCAGACAUGAUCAAACUGUUCAAUAACAGCCGAGAGAACCGCAGGGGUCUGCUGCAGUGCUCCGUGUGGCAGGAGUGGAUGCUCUCUCUGGGCUUCAUCAAUCCGCGCACCACCGAGGAGCAGAAGAUCACAGAGAUGGUCUACGCCAUCUUCAGGAUCCUGCUCUACCACGCCAUCAAGUACGAGUGGGGCGGCUGGAGGGUCUGGGUGGACACGCUGUCCAUCACGCACUCUAAGGUGGCCUUCGAGCAACACAAGGAGAAUCUGGCUCGCAUGUUCCAGCAGUACCAGCACCAAGAGUCCUCAUCCACCGUCCGCUCCAUAUAUCUGGCAAGCCAAAUAUCCGAGACCACUGACUACGUCAACGGCCCUUCAGAAGAAACCGCUCCCUCUACUGUCAUUGAACUAACUGUGGAUGAAAACUCUCAAAAGCCAGCAGAUUCUUCUUCUUUCGAAACCCCCCGCGAAGGAGCAGAACAACGGAUGCAAACUUCUAUAACCGUGUCCAACAUUUUAGCCAGAGACGAAGAGGUCCAGGUAGGAGAAGGCUCGGAAGUCACACCCAGCGUUGAGGCGCAAUCCGAGAUUGACAAGGAAACAUCCGUUCCGGACAACGCUAUAAUCGAGGAGGAACAAUUAGAAACAGGGAAUGGCGAGUCGUCGAUUUCCAUGACUGACGAGUCUUUGAACGAAGGAGAAUCCACAACAAUUGUAACUUCAGAACAGCAGAACUCUAUCGAGCAGCCAUCUCACAAGUCUGAAGAAGCUACCGGCAAUGAGGCCCUGAGAGGAGCAUCGGUUUUCAACGAGGACUUGGUCGACACGUCUUCCCUCAGCGAUCAAGUGCACGGCAGCGAUGCAGAGGAAAGCUACAAAGAGUCCGGCGUUGUGACAGAUGCGGACGGAAAAGAUGAAGAAGUUGAGGAAGAGGAGAAGAAAGUUGAAGCGGAUAAGGAAGUAGCUGUAGAAGAGAAGGAGGUGUCCGAUACGGAAAGUCAAAAGUUGGAUUCCCCGCAAGAAGAUGCUUUAGAAACACCCAAAGAACAACCCCACGCUGAGACGUCCUCUGCCGAGCCCACAGAUGAAGAGCAGCCGUCUACCAGCACCGCAGCGCCAUCCGCAGGACAGGAGGACAGUGUAGAGCAAGCUCAAGCUACAGAGGCCCGCAAACCCACAGAGGAAGACGCAUCCUCCAAAGCGUCCCAAGACAGCCUUCCCAUUUCCAGCCCUGGUAAAAAGGAGAGCGUCGACUCCACCAGCAAGACCAAAGAGAUUAAAAUAGCCAGACUAGAUGUUUCCAAUGUGGCCUUAGACACAGAGCGACUGGAGCUGAAGGAGACCUCAACAUCUAACACAAAUCCGAGCUUGCAGGCAUCAUCAGCUGCAGCCUCCUCUGAGCAGCCCAGAGACGGUGCUGCAUCAGCCCCUCGCUCCACCAUGUUCCGCAUCCCAGAUUUCCGCUGGUCCCACAUGCACCAGCGCCUCCUCACAGACCUGCUCUUCUCCAUUGAGACUGAUGUCCAGAUGUGGAGAAGUCAUUCCACAAAGACCAUUCUGGAUUUUGUGAACAGCAGUGAGAACGUGGUGUUUGUGCACAACAGCAUACACCUCAUUUCCCAGGUGGUGGACAACCUCAUCAUGGCCUGUGGCGGCAUUCUACCUCUGCUCUCUGCCGCUACCUCCUCCUCUCAUGAGUUGGAGAACGUUGAGCCAUCUCAAGGCCUGGCGUUGGAGGCUUCCGUCACCUACCUCCAGCGCCUCAUCAAUCUUGCGGAUGUCCUGGUCUUUGCUAGCUCUCUGAACUUCACAGAGAUUGAAGCUGAGAAGAACAUGUCCUCUGGGGGCAUCCUCCGACAGUGCCUGCGACUUGUUUGUGCUAUGGCAGUACGAAAUUGUUUAGAAUGUCAACAAGCCAACAUAAAGCAGAACAAGGAGGCGGCAGCUCGCUCUGCUACUGUUCUAGGAUCCUCCAAGUCGGCCACUGCACAGAGUCCGGUGGAUGCUGUGACAGGUGGAAUGUCGCCCAUCAGAGACCUGGACAGGCUGCUGCAGGACAUGGACAUCAACCGCCUGCGAGCUGUGGUCUUCAGAGAUAUUGAGGACAGUAAGCAGGCCCAGUUUUUGGCUCUGGCUGUGGUCUACUUCAUCUCUGUGCUGAUGGUGUCAAAGUACCGCGACAUCCUGGAGCCCCACAAUGACAAGCAGGGCCCUCAGAGGUCCCAGUCUACAAGGAGCACAGACAGUGGCGCAGUGGCGGGCGCAGCAGAAGUAGAAAACGGCAUGUCUCUGCGAAGAUACGACUCUGGUUUGGGCGAUGACCACACCUCCACUGCGACCGGUGACACAGACCUGUCCUCCUCCGCAGCCCACGGCCCGGAUGCCAUCUCCGAGGCCCUGUCCACCCUGUCCUCGGAGGUCAAAGCCCCCGCAGCCACCGACGCCAAGGGGAAGAACGUGAAGGACAUCCUGCGCAGCCUGGUGAGCGCCCCCACUGACGACCUGGCAGUGGACCCCAGUCUGCUGCCCCCGGCCUUCUUAGGAGUGGGAGACAUGGCCCGGGACCCGACGCAGUUCCGGUCCUUCGACAGAAGCGUUGUUGUUGCCCCAAAGAAGCCGGGAGUGACCCCGGCCCCGGCCCCUGGCCCAGCUCCUGCCCCGGCUCCUGCCCUGGCCCCUGCCCCAUCCGCUCCUGUUCCAGCAGCUAGCGCAAUCUCAGCGUCUGGGGGGACACCUCUGGAGAGCGUAUCUGUGGUAUCUGCGACUGAAGCCUCCCAGAGCACGUCCACAGACCCUGCAGGAGCAGGCCAGGUUCCAGCCAGCGCGAGCCUGCCAUCUGUCCCCCCACUCUCCCCCGUGACCCAGAACACAACCCCCAGUAUGAGUAUAUCAGAGCGUCUGGAGAAUGCGCUGGAGAAAGCCGCUCCUUUGCUGAGGGAGAUAUUUGUGGACUUUGCGCCUUUCUUGUCCCGGACUUUGCUUGGAAGUCAUGGGCAGGAGCUGCUCAUUGAAGGCACAAGCCUGGUGUGCAUGAAGUCCAGCAGCUCGGUGGUAGAACUGGUCAUGCUUCUGUGUUCUCAGGAAUGGCAGAACUCUAUACAGAAGAACGCAGGUCUGGCGUUCAUCGAGCUGGUCAACGAAGGCAGGCUGUUAAGUCACACCAUGAAGGAUCACCUUGUCCGAGUGGCUAAUGAAGCCGAAUUCAUCCUCAGCCGACAGAGAGCAGAGGAAAUCCACAAACAUGCAGAGUUUGAGUCCUUCUGCGCUCAGUACGCCGCAGAGAAGCGAGACGAGGAGAAGAUGUGCGACAACCUCAUCCGCGCCGCAAAGUACCGCGACCACGUGACCGCCACGCAGCUCAUCCAGAAGAUUGUCAACAUCCUCACCGACAAACACGGGGCCUGGGGCAACUCGGCAAAGAGCCGGCCGAGGGAGUUCUGGCGCCUGGACUACUGGGAGGACGAUUUAAGGCGGAGACGUCGCUUUGCCAGGAACCCGCUCGGAUCCACGCACUCCGAGGCCACUCUGAGAGCCGCCACAGAGCACGCAUCGGAGGAAGAUAUUCUGAAAAGUCAGCAGUCCAUCCGUAGCCAGGCCCUGGGGAACCAGAACUCUGAGAGUGAAUCUCUGCUGGACGGAGACGAGGACACUCUGUCCUCUCUAGAAGAUAAGGAGCUGGACACUGUCACAGGCCCCGUAAGCCUGAGCACCAGCGCUCAUCUGGUGGCCCCCGCAGUGGUGGUCAAAGGCACUCUAUCCGUGACCGCCUCCGAGCUCUUCUUCGAAGUUGACGACGAGGAGCCCGGCUUCAAGGCCCUGGACCCCAAGGUGAGUGUCUCUGGGCGCCUGUCCACUGUCCACUGCCCAUAUUGUAUUGCUGCUUGA